CAAUUCGCCAUUACACUGUUUAUCAAAGAGAUUGGAGAGCGAGCCGGAGACAGAACCAGAAGAUGGAAGGAGAAGAUGUUGACAUGGCGGCGGCCGAGAACACUGAAGCUGUUCGGACAAUCAAACCUCUUUUCAUUUCUUUUCUCUCUUUUCUUGUUCGAUUAUUAAUGUUUGAGUUUAAUCUGUUCUUUUUAUUUGGAAAGCUGUCUAAAUUUGAGAGGAAUUCGAUGGUGAAUUUUUAGGAUCUGGAUGACAUGAAAAGGAGGUUGAAGGAGAUGGAGGAAGAGUCCGCCGCCCUUAGAGAGAUGCAGGCCAAGGUUGCUAAGGAGAUGGGCUCUGUACAAGAUCCUGCUGCUUCAAGUGCAUCACAGGCAAAUAGAGAGGAGAUAGAUUCUCGAUCAGUCUUUGUGGGCAAUGUGAGGCCUCUUGCUUUUUCUUAUUUUGCUUGUUUUGCCAUAACCAUAUGGAAUAUCAUUAAUUUGUUGGAAUUUUCUUUCUGUUACAAGCUAGUACCUUAACGUCUAGGUCAUUCUCAUAAUAAAAACAACUCUGUAAGCUUGAAUUUGAGUAGGGGCAAGCAUCUUUGAUGGGAUACUAGUAGAUGCAAACUUAUGCUGUGACAAGGUCCAGAAGCUGGUAAAGUAUGAUGGAAAGACAUUGUCAACUUGCGGCUUUUGAAAACAUUAUAGUAUUUCCAGAAAAUUCAAAUUGAAAAUAAUAAAGCUGUAAAUGGUGGGGUUGAAAAUCAAGCUGAGAAGUAAGGUUCUUUAUCUGGGGAUAGUUCAAAGAAAGCCAACUAAUAGUCUAGUUUGACCAGUGCACAAUCCUUGGAUGCUCUGCACUAUUUGCCACCAGAAUCAAGCUUUGCUGUCACAAGAUGAGAGACUGUCUUUUACACAGUAUUGACACUCUGAAUUCACUGCAUUUAUGGAAGUUAAGUCGGAGGAAGAUUCGUUUAAUGAGAAUCCUGAUGAAGUUUAUUAUGAUUUUUCUCCUAGAAGUCUGCAUUUUCAUGGCAUGUUUGUCUUGACAUUAACUUGGGUCUUUUUUAGCUCCUCAUUUGAUUAGAAUGGAUUUUCAUCUUUGUUGUGGUUAUCUAGAUGGUUUAUAAGUCAGUUAAAGUAGUAUGGUAAUUUUGCUGCCUUAUAUGAGACAUUUUUCAUUAGAGUGAGUUGUGGUCUAGGACCUUAUCAUUAGCCAACUUAAUAUGCAUUUUUUGUUUGGAUUUCUGAUAUUAAGUAUCUUUGAUAAUAGUUUCAUUUGUUAGAUGUCUAUUGUCCUUUUUUCUUCGAUUACUUUUUCUUUUUGUCUUUGGAGUCAGAAUUCUGAAGCUCACUACCUUUAAUGUCAGCAAGUGAGCAUUUUCUGCAUUGUGUUUCUCUAUGGUGCUAUAGCUUUUACCAUGUGUAGGAUUUCUUAGUUCAGAAUACUUCUUAACUUUACUUUUUAUUACGAUGGCAGGUCAAGCUUGAUUAUCAAGUUUUCUGAUUU